UCAUCGUAUGUAUCGUAUCGCAAUAUAAGUAGGAAGAGCAAAAACCCUUUUCUUCUGUCUUCUCCUCUCUCUCUCUCUCUCCCUCACUCACCAACCCUUCUUUUCACUCUGUGUCGACUUUGUUGAUCUCAUAAUAAUAAUUAUGGGUUCCAUUUCCAAGCUCUCCAAUCCCUGCCCUGCUUCUUCUCUCUCCUCCACCUUCAACCCAAAAGCUUCCAACCCCAAGUGCUUGAUCGGCUUCCUCACCACCUCCCCCAACAGCUUCACCUCCAAGGUCUCGUCCUCCAAGCUCUCCGUACGAAGCAAGCCCUCUCUCAGAGGCCCCUUGAUAGUGAGAUGUGCUCAGGGUGAAGGAAAUGGAAGCCCAACAAAGAAGACAUAUCUCCAUGAGCUUUAUGACAAGGAAGGGCAGAGUCCGUGGUAUGAUAACCUCUGCAGACCAGUUACAGAUCUGCUUCCGCUCAUUGAUAGCGGGGUUAGAGGUGUUACUAGUAACCCAGCGAUUUUCCAGAAAGCAAUAUCAACUUCGAAUGCUUACAAUGAUCAAUUCAGGGAACUUGUACAGUCAGGGAAAGACAUUGAAACUGCAUAUUGGGAACUUGUGGUGAAGGACAUUCAAGACGCUUGCAAGCUUUUUGAGUCAAUCUAUGAUCAAACUGAUGCUGCUGAUGGCUAUGUUUCUGUUGAAGUUUCUCCCAGACUUGCUGAUGACACUGAAGGGACUGUAGAGGCUGCAAAAUGGCUACAUAAAGUUGUUUCCCGACCCAAUGUCUACAUAAAGAUUCCCGCUACCGCUCCAUGCAUCCCUUCUAUUAAGGAAGUUAUAGCAAAUGGCAUUAGUGUCAAUGUGACUCUUAUAUUCUCUCUCACUAGAUAUGAGGCAGUCAUUGAUGCGUAUUUGGAUGGCCUUGAGGCUUCUGGCCUAGACGACCUCUCCAGAGUAACAAGUGUUGCUUCCUUCUUUGUCAGUAGGGUUGACACCCUUAUUGACAAGUUGCUUGAAAAGAUUGGAACUCCAGAGGCCCUUGACCUUCGAGGAAAGGCUGCCGUAGCUCAAGCCGCUUUAGCGUACCAACUAUACCAGAAGAAAUUCUCAGGUCCCAGAUGGGAGGCUUUGGUGAAGAAGGGUGCUAAGAAGCAGAGGCUGCUGUGGGCCUCAACCAGUGUCAAGAAUCCCGCCUACCCUGAUACUUUAUAUGUUGCUCCUCUCAUUGGUCCUGACACGGUUUCAACCAUGCCCGACCAAGCUCUGCAAGCCUUCCUCGAUCAUGGAACUGUUUCAAGGACAAUUGAUUCCAAUGUAUCAGAGGCUGAAGGCAUUUACAGUGCCCUUGAGCAUCUUGGAAUUGACUGGAGCUAUGUUGGUAACCAACUCGAACUUGAAGGAGUGGACUCUUUCAAGAAGAGUUUUGACAGCCUGCUUGAUACUCUGCAAGAGAAGGCCAACUCUCUUAAAUUGGUUAGUCUGUAAGGUGAUGAUUACUUAUCCAAGUCAAUAAAGCUGCUGGGGGUUCCAUCUUCCUGUAAAUUUAGUCUGAGUGCUUUGUAAGACGAUAAUUAUGUUUUGAGGAGUUCAUACCAGCUUCUUAGUGGUGUGAGAUGCUUUAUUUUGCUCUUGAUUUA